AUGGCAUCCAACUCGGUAAAACUGUUGACGGGAAACAGCCACCCGGAGCUUGCGCAGCUCGUGGCUGAUCGACUCGGUAUCGAGUUGACCAAGAUCAUGGUACUGCAAUAUUCCAACCAAGAAACCAGUGUCACAAUCGGUGAAAGUGUGCGAGACGAAGAUGUCUUCAUUCUGCAAUCUACAAGACCCAACGAUAUCAACGACGGCCUCAUGGAGUUGCUCAUUAUGAUCAACGCCUGCAAAACAGCCUCCGCCCGGCGCAUCACCGCCGUCAUCCCGAACUUCCCUUACGCUCGCCAGGAUAAGAAGGAUAAGAGCCGUGCACCGAUUACGGCGAAGCUUAUGGCGAACAUGCUCCAGACUGCCGGCUGCAACCAUGUCAUCACCAUGGACCUGCACGCCAGCCAGAUUCAAGGCUUUUUUAAUGUCCCCGUCGACAACUUGUACGCCGAGCCCAGCAUGCUGAAGUGGAUCCGCGAAAACCUCGACGUGAAAAACUGUGUCAUUGUCAGUCCGGAUGCCGGUGGUGCCAAGCGUGCCACCGCUAUCGCUGAUCGUCUGGACCUGCAAUUCGCCCUGAUCCACAAGGAGCGUGCGCGCCCGAACGAGGUCUCCCGCAUGGUCCUCGUCGGCAACGUCAAGGAUAAGAUCGCCAUCAUCGUCGACGACAUGGCUGACACCUGCGGCACGCUGGUCAAGGCUGCUGACACUGUCAUGCAACACGGUGCCAAGGAGGUCAACGCCAUCGUCGUGCACGGCAUUUUGUCCGGUAAGGCUAUUGAAAACCUGAAUGGCAGCCGCUUGAGCCGCCUGGUGGUCACCAACACCGUCCCGCACGCCGAGAAGAAAGAGGUCUGCGACAAGAUCGAGACCAUCGACAUUAGCCCCACUCUGGCGGAGGCUUGCCGCCGAACGCAUAACGGCGAAUCGGUCAGCUUCUUGUUUUCUCACGCCGUGGCAUAG